UUGGAACGUACCGUUUUGACGUAACACCAACAUGUCCACGCUCCGCCUGACAGUUCCGUGACCGCUGCAGUUUGUCAUUCAUGAAUAUAACAUUUCGAUGCUGUUGUAAAAGUACCACCGCAGUCUAAAUCAAGGGUUUUGGAAUAUUAUAAUCAAAGCUAUGGCUCGUGUUGUGAAAAUGUUUCGGACUCUACGGAAUAACUGGAAGAAGUCCACAUUUGCUGUGUGCGUCCUGUCUUACGGGGGCCACUGGCUGUAUGGUUUACACGGCGACAAUGUUCUGCGGAGAGAGGCGUGUCUCAUUGCCAGGGAAUUCGGGCGUCAUCAAAUAGGACCUCAGGAGCGUCUGAGGAAAGCAACAGUGAUUUUGAACCCUGCAGCCUGCAGUGGGAAGGCCAAUAAACUGUUUGAAAAGAAUGCUGCUCCCCUUUUACACCUGGCCGGUGUGGAGAUUACAAUAGUGAAGACCGAUUAUGAGGGCCAGGCAAAGAAACUUAUGGAGCUCAUGGAACAUACAGACAUUCUCAUCGUGGCCGGAGGGGACGGCACCUUGCAAGAAGUUGUAACAGGUUUGCUGCGAAGACCAGAUCAAGACACAGUCUGUAACACUCCAAUUGGUUUCAUUCCACUGGGGUCUCACAAUUCCCUAAGUCCAAGUCUUCACCUCCUCAGUGACAACAAGGUCAAAGACAUUACAUCAGCAACACUGUCCAUUCUAAAGGGGGAAACCGUACCUCUGGAUGUGCUGCAAAUCAAAGGAGAGAAAGAGCAGCCAGUCUUUGCUCUGACGGGACUUCGUUGGGGGGCUUUUAGAGAUGUGGCUGCAACAAUCAGCAAGUAUUGGUACCUUGGGCCACUGAAGACCAGUGCGGCACAUUGGUUUAGUACACUACGGGAGUGGCCCCUGGUCCGUGAGGUCUCAAUGUCCUACCUGGCUCCCAGCCUGCGGCCCCCUGACCUGCCCCCUCAGAAGCCCCCCCGACCCAACCUGCUGCACCGCAUCAUCCGCAGGCUCCAAAACCGCUGGAACCCUCCGGUAGAGGAGCCUCCAAAAGUGGAAGAGCCAGAGCAGUGGAAGGAGGAGCAUCUGUCGACUUUAGAGCUAUUUAUUCACACGCACAACAAGAACCCAGUGGAGCGGCGCAUAAAUGACUCCCUGGUGAUCUGCGCAGAACCGGACAACUUCACAGUGGGCGAGUACAUCACAGUCGGAAGUAAAAAAGAAGAGGACCCGACUGUAUUCACCAAAGACUCCACGAGACUGGAAGCCAGUGCUUGCCAGCUUCAGCUGCCAGAGGGUGCCGCCGGCUUCUACAACAUCGACAACGAGGAGUAUGAGGCCAUGCCUGUAGAGAUACGGCUGUUGCCACGGAAACUACGUUUCUUCAUCAGCGCGGAGCGCCGAGAGCAGCUCCUCGCAGGGGCGCAGUGAUGAAAAGACAUUGAACCCCAGAGAGAGGACACGAAAGGCGAGACGAAAACAGAUUCAAAGAGAAACCGAAAGUGAAGAAGCUCGACGCCACGAGUCUCUGAAGUCAGGCGGAUGUCGGCUUCGCCAGCUGUUGAAACUGCUCAACAAGAACCGAUGGAUUCUCUUACCAAACGCAAACAUUCGGUUGAACAAUCAUGAGGAUUACAUUACAUGCCGGCGUGUUUUAAAGGACCAAUGUUUGUUUCUUUAAGCCAGUAACCCGUGUACAAAAUGGAUUUGUGUUUACUGAAGGGUUUACUGUACCCGUCACAUUUGAACUUGGUCAAUAAAAAUAAUUCCUGUCCA